UUGGAUAAAAAGAUGCAGGACAUUACAAGUGAAAUUCCAGCAUUGCAGCCCAGCUGCAAUCAGGAGGUUAUUAUCAAUUGUCGCCAGCAGCAACAGCACCAACAACAGCAAGUGUCAUCACAGCCAACAUCAGUACAACAGCAACAUCCACGUACGCUUACAACCAAUAAUAAUAACAACAACAACAUCAAUAACAGCAGCAACACAGCUACUCAACAAACUCCUCUGGUCUACCCAAUACGCAACGGCUGCUCAACCACAACCACACCGACCGCAUGUAAAUGCGAUAGCCAAAAGCUCAUCACCCGUUCGCAAUCCUCCAAAGUUAUCCAGGAUCUACAGCCGCAUCCGCUACAUCAACUGAAACAACAGCAAUCGUUGCCCACACCGUUACACGGUCAUGUGGGUAACCAUCCAUCGAAUGGUCAUCCGCACCAUCAUCACCACCAUUCCAAAUCGGUCUCAAUACUCGUCUACAAAACACUGAACACGGUCUUCAAGAGCAGCCGAAAAAUCAUCGUACGCGUCUGUGAGGUAGCCAGCGUCAAGAAGAAUUUCAACAUGUUCAAAUUCAACAAGGCUUCGCAGCAGACGAGGGCCGAGGCCCGAGCCAGCACCUGUACCGGCCAUGAUCAGUUUGUACGACCGCCAGUAUCGGAAAAAAAAGCCAAAAAUCUAAUUAAGAAACUCAACAAAACAAAUGGUUUGAAGCGUUCCAAUUCAGCCAUCGAAUUCGAUAUAUCAGCAAUGACAGCUGCCAAUCGCAGACAUAUCUACAGUAGCAAUCGUUCGGCAAGUUCAGAGCAAGAAAACUCCGACCAAUCGGAACAUUCGGAGAAAUCACCCUUGGUUAGCGCCAGGUUAGACAGUUUGGCUAGGCUAUUUUUUAGCAAAUCGAUGCCAGCGGAAACCGGAAGUAGAGAUACUCUAGAUUCAGUGCUAACAACAAGACCCAAUAUCAAAUAUCAAUACUCGGCCUUAGAUAGUGGCAAUGGUGUCGUCGAACGUUCGCCCCGUGAACGGGCUGCGCGCGAAAAAGCCCUCAAUGCCACCCAGGAAUGGGUGCAGCAAUCGAAUGGUCGUUAUGAGGUUAUCGCCCAUUUGGAUGAGAUCGGUUCGAGACAUGGGAAAAAUUGGUUCCUGGUAACUGAUUCUUCGGUCCGCACCGAUCGCCUAAUGACCAUGUUAACCCUGCCUCCGGAUUGUGUUGCCUUCGAAGAUCUAUCGCCCAACGAAAGUCCAAAAAGCAUUUUAAUGGAGUUGUUGGGCUCCCUUCACCAUCCCUAUAUCUAUCCAGUGCUCGAUUUGGGCUUUCUUCAUAUCAGUUCGGGAAAUUUUGCCUGUUUGGUGACGCCCUUCAAUUCCCGUGGUAGUCUUAAGGAUUUAAUCUAUAAGGCCCAAUGGAACGAGCCAUGGUCACGUAAAUACACACGAAAACCAAAUGGCCUACCGGUCACGCAAGUCCAGCGUUUGGGACGUCAAAUCUUGGAGGCAUUGCUGUUUCUAAAAGAGCGUGGCUUCCCGCUGCACGGUCAUUUGCACAGUGGAAAUGUGAUUUUACAAAAUGGUGCUGCCAGAUUAUCUGGCCUAGAAAAUGGUUUACUGGGACUAUCGUCGCGCAUAAAUGCCGUCAUGUGGUCACGUUCCACAACAGACAUCGAAAAUGUUGAUAUCAUUUGUUUUGGCCAUCUGCUGUACGAAAUGUGCAUGGGCCAGGAGAUGACAACACCAAAACCGUCCAUGAGAGUUUUAGAAAUGGAAAUGGAACAUUAUCCACAGAUUCUCGAUGUUUUGGGUCUAAUAUUCGAGCCACCCAAUGGUGUCUGCCCAUCCGUGGAAGAUUUAGUGUUAUGUGAUUUAUUUAGAUCGAUAGAUUUACGAGAAUUAAGAGGUCCUUGCUUUAAUACCAUCAAACCGAGCCUAAGCAGAUCAACACUGAAUCUACUGGCAGCCGUUAAGAAACGUCAGUGCGCCUCAUUGGGCAAUUCAUUUAGCGAGGCCAGUUCACCCUGUACACCACCCUCAACGCCCAGGGAUCGAAGAUCGGGCAGUGUUGUACCGGCGACCUAUGAAGUCUUUCGAAUGUACUAACAAAAAAUAAAUCCAAUCAGAAUCUAA